CACCCCUGCGCCUCUGCAAAUCCCUCUCCCCUCCCGUCGCCGCUGUCGCCUGCCCCGACCACCACCUCAACGACUUCCUCGUUCAUGUGGACCUCCCCUGUCUGCGCAAGGACGACAACGCUGUCGCCCUCGUCGCCGGCCGUCCCGUCGCCGACGCGGACAAAUACCGACCGCCUUCCGCAACGAAGCCUUCCAACGGCGCCCGGCGACAAACGGCAAGUUUAGCAAGUGUUUUGGCUAGCAUAGCAAAACUGGUACGCGAAGACCCAUUAAGGUUCAUAUGGAGUUUGCGCCUGUGCAACACCAACAUGCAUGACUAGAGAGUGGACAAAUGAAACGGCGUGCCAUGAUAUUUUCAUUAUUACUGUAUAAGCAUACCGUGAAUACAUUUAUGAACUGCUUCAGCUAGUAAGGUGCAGCACCUCGCCUGUUUCACAUAUCUUGCAAAGUGGAUCUCCUGAUGAGUCUAGUUCGUGCUAAAUUGCGCGUGCAAAUUUAGUUGUCAAGUUAGCUGAUGCAUCAUGCAUGUGGCUGGAGCUACAGACACGGUUGCCAGCUAACUCAAGAAACCCAAUAUAGGAAAUGGAGAUCCCAAUGGGAGACUUCAAAAUAAGGAAAGCUUGCAUUCUCAGGACAUCUUGCCAGCAACCGAUCAAUUUCACCAUCCGGACUGUCCUGGAGGUUUAGGUACGGCAUUCUUGCCAACCUGGAGGGGCUACUACUUACCAUGAUGAUAUUUAUAUGAGAAGACACCAUACAGUCUAUACUGUAUACUCUAUAGCAAGCCAUCAUCGCCAGGGAAUUUGACAAACUGGUCUGAAUCUUGAAGAAACGACAAUGAAGGCCCUAUCUACCUUCCACCUGGCCAUGGCACAGCUAUAGCUUGCGUGUGGAGCAGACAGCAGAGCGUCCAAGAAGAAGCUGAUGUGUCAGUUGAGGAUGGAGCCAGGGCAAUCAAAUUUCAAGCUCUCUUUGCAGAAAAGUUGUUUCAACAAUUAAGCACACUUCGACUUGGACGGCUUGCUUCUCAGGUACAAGUAUCCAAUUUUAGCGGCAUAUGUCACAGUCUUAUCUUGCAGGAUCAGAAAAACUUGGCAACAAUCACCGCCGAGAACGGUAGCUAGCUGCUCGCGUCGGUCUUCAGGAAAAGAAGAGGAGUAGCUGCCAGAUGACUCGACAUUAUGCUUCCCACUAUAUAUCUGUGAGGCAUUGCCUGGCGGUCACCUCGUCGACCCGACCUGUCCUCCGGAGUGGCCAUCAGCGGCGGCCAUGUCCUCCGACAGCGAGCCGUCCUGCCACUGCCAGCCACCAGCGCCGCACAUCCCGGUGGCCGUGUUCCCCUACGACGUCGACCCGAUGCAGUUCGCGCUGAACCUGGAGUUCACCGAGGCCGAGUUCUUCUUGCACGCGGCGUUCGGCGUGGGGCUCGACAAGAUCGCGCCGAAGCUGGCGCUGGGCGGCCCGCCGCCGGUGGGUGCUAGGAAGGCCAACCUCGAUGAGGUGACGUGGCACAUCGUCGCCGAGUUUGGCCUCCAAGAAAUUGGCCACGUCAGGGCUAUCCAGCGCACGGUCGGCGGGAUUCCUCGGCCACUGAUAGACCUCAGCGCCCACAACUUCGCCAGGAUCAUGGACGAGGCGUUUGGGUACCAUCUGAACCCUCCUUUCGAUCCCUACAUCAACAGCCUCAACUUCCUGCUCGCCUCCUACGUGGUCCCCUACCUCGGCCUCAACGGCUACGUUGGCACCAACCCCAUCAUCGACGGCUACGAGACGAAGAAGCUUCUAGCUGGGCUGCUUGGGGUGGAGGCAGGGCAGGACGCGGUGUUCCGGGGGCUCCUCUUGGAGCGCCUCGGCGAGGCCGUGCCGCCGUACGGGAACAUCACGGUGGCCGAGUUCGCGGACCGCACGUCGGCGCUGCGCAACCGGCUGGGGCGGUGCGGGGUGAAGGACGAGGGGCUGACGGUGCCCCGCGAGCUCGGCGCUGAGGGCGCCAUCUGCACCAACUUGCUCUCCGCCGACGGGGACUCCCUCUCCUACGCCCGGACGCCCGCCGAGCUGCUCAGGAUCCUCUACCUCACCGGCGACGAGCACAUGCCCGGCGGGUUCUACCCGGAGGGAGCCAACGGAAGGAUCGCCAGGUCGUUUCUUAGCAAAUAGUAAACCACACUCAUGACUCAUGUUGCUGUCGCCUGAAAACUAGCUAAAGCUCUGAGCUGCCAGCCCUUUGGCAAGUAGUGUGCGAUUAAAUUGUGUUUGGGGUGGUGUAUGUGAACUGAAGUUGAAGUUAUGUUGCACUAUUUAUUCCGAGCUCGAAAUAAUUACAAAAUUAACCGAGUAAGCUUUAGAAUUCUGCAA